UUGCGUAGAGGAAGCAAAGCGGACAUCCUGUUUCCCUGGUAACCGGGUGACGUCACAGGCGCUGUAGAUCCCGGUGAGCGAGCUCGCUCUGGCAGCAUCCCCGGGACUGUGAUCAGAGUAAGCGGCCCGCCUGAGGGAUGCCUCCGCCCGGCCGAGCCGCGACCCAUGGAGCCGCCGCUGCUACACCUGGCUCUGCUGAGCAACCUGACGGCGCUGAGCGUCCCGGGCAGCACCGGCGCAUCGACCGGAGGAAGGGACGGCGCCGCCGCUCUGAGCCCGGCUACCAACCGCAGCUCCCCGGAGCCGGCUGAGGAGCCCGGGGGCAGCCCGCUCCUGCACGGGGUGGCCGUAGCGUGCCAGGCGCUGCUGCUGCUCGCCAUCUUCCUGCUGUCUUGCCUGGGCAACUGCGCCGUCAUCCUGGUGAUCGCCAAGCACCGGCAGCUCCGCACUGUGACCAACGCCUUCAUCCUGUCCUUGUCCCUGUCCGACUUCCUGACCGCCCUGCUCUGCCUGCCCUUCUCCUUCCUGCUGCUGUUCUCCAGGAGCGGCGUCUGGCUCUUCGGCGACCGCUUCUGUUUCGCCAACGGCUUCUUCGUCCACAAGAGGGGCUACUACCACUGCAUGUACGUGUUCCACUCGGCCGGCUCUAGGCUGGGGGCCACCUACAGCAUCUCGCUCAUCGUGCUCUGCUACCUUCUGCCCUUCGGCCUCAUGUGCUUCUGCCACUACAACAUCUGCAAGGCGGUCCGGCUGUCGGAGAUCCGCGUCAGGCCCGUGACCACCUACGCACACCUGCUGCGCUUCUACAGCGAGAUGAGGACGGCCACCACCGUGCUGAUCAUGAUUGUCUUCAUCAUCUGCUGCUGGGGGCCGUACUGCGUCAUGGGCCUGGUGGCCGCUGCCGGGGAUUACCCCUUCACGCCGCUCAUGGACACUGUGGCAAUCUGGAUGGCGUGGGCCAACGGGGCCAUCAACCCGCUCAUCUAUGCCAUCCGCAACCCUAAUAUCUCCAUGCUGCUCGGGCGCAAUCGAGAAGAGGGUUACAGGACUAGGAACAUUGCCGCUUACCUGUGCACGCAGGGUCAGAACAGGGAGAACAGAGGCCGGGCUGACCCCGUUCGAGACCGCUACACAAACAGACACGGGCAAGGCAGUCGGGUGUCUUCGUCCAGUCCAGCCAAUGGUGGGGAUGUGGCCAUGUGGGCCUGCAAGAACCCCACUGUGCUGUUCUGCCGGGAUGGCCAAGCAGACACCAUGGCGGAGCCUGCUGGCAUAAAAUCUGAGACCGCAGACACAAGCCUUUGACAUGUCUAAUAAUCUUAUAUUAUUGCCCACUGGUUGGGUAACAAACUCGGUUCAGGUAGGCCACGUGGGAGGGAAAAAAUGGUUUCCGGGAUU